UUUUUUUUUUCUUUUUUUACUCAUUAAAACUUACAUUAAAAUAAUGAAUGAAGAUAUAAAUCGCUUGAAUAACUCAUUCAAAGUAUUCGAAAAACCUUCAAAAGAGCCACCAAACGGCAUUUUAUUUUCCUCAGGUUCAUUCAAUGUUGGAGCUAAGGAUUUCAUUCCUUCUCAAAAAGCAACUCAAUCCUUCAAUCCUUUUGAUGCCUCCACCGAUCUAUUGGAUGAAGAAGAUAACAUUGAUGAUCUUAGUCAACGAUUUAUUACUAGUAAUUUAUUAGAUGAAGUAGAAGAAUCAAAUCCUUUAUCAACCUCGAAUGAAGUACCAAUGAAUACCACCUUCGUAGCCCAAUGGAAUACAUUGAAUGAUUGGAAUCAAUAUGGACCGGAAAAUAUUUGGAGUCAUGAUGAUAGCCGAAAGGAAAAUAAAAAAACUGAUUAUUAUUCUGAAAAUGAACAGGAAUUUGAUCCAACAUUGCAUUUCUAUCAUGGUACACUCUAUGAUGCAGCAACUAUUCAAGAUAUGAAUCGACUUUCUUUAAAUGUCACCAAUCCUUCUCCUGAAGAAGUACAAAAAGAUAAUGUUGAGGAAGACAUGUCAACACUUCAAAUGUUACAAACCAUCUUUUCAGAUUUGAAUGAUGAAGAAUUAAUAGAUACAUUAGAAAAAUAUGAUUAUGAUGUAGAUAGAGCUAUUGAAGCUCUAUUAUCACAAAAGCUACCUAGCGUAACGACGAAUACGAUUGUAACAAGUAAUCAUAGUGAUGAUAUUAUCCCUAAAAAACGACAAGUGUGCCGUCAUUUUCUAGCAGGUGAAUGUUAUCGAAAAGAUUGUUGGUUUUCUCAUGAUUUACAAGACAAAGUGUGUAAAUUCUGGCUUCAAGGAAGUUGUUUGAAAGGAGAUUCUUGUGAAUUUUUACACAAGAUUGAUAUACAAGAAGUUGCUAAUAAGAUGGCAUUACCCGAAAUAAAAACUAAAAAAGAACAAGUUAAAUUAAAUCAAAACGAUUAUCCUGAAUUAAAAUCUUCGUAUUCAAAUACAAAGAAGAAGAAUAGCAGUAGCAGCAGCUGUAGUAGUAGUAGUAGUAAUGGUGGUGGUGGUUCAUUUACUGUGUCGCAACAACAAUCGAUGAAUAGAGUAGCAGCAGCAGUAGUAGUAGAAGAAUUUCCAACUUUAGCAUCUGCAGUUAAAAUGAAAAAUACAGUUCAACCAAUAAAUUACUCUCAUCAAGGUAAAGAACCCAUUAAUUUUGCAGAAGCUGCCAAGAAAAAUAAGGGGCAAUCGAUCCAUAAAGCAGUAAAAUCUGUCUAUACUACCGGGGAUCAUCUUCAGAAACGAGGGUAUAGAUACAGUAUGCAAGAGUUAAAACAACCUGUACAAAUACCAUGGUUAGAGACAGGAAGUUCAUUGAAUUCUAUAUAUAUGAAAGAGAGAGAAAAAGCAAUUGAGUAUGGUAUGCUAAGAAAUAGAUUCUUUAGUAAAGCUACCGAGUAUUAUUUGAAAGGAGAUGGAGCAAGAGCGAAAUUAUUUUCAAUGGAAGCUAAACACUAUAACCGAUUAAUGCAAGAAAUGCAUAAAGAAGCUAGUCAACGUAUAUUUGAACAAAGAUCGAAACAUGAAGCCUUUAUUGAUUUACAUGGAUUACAUGAAGAUGAAGCCAUGGACAUUAUUCAUGAGAGACUUCAACAACUUAAAUUAACUUAUCAUGGUAUUAUCUAUAUUGUAACAGGGACUGGACAUCAUUCAGGAGCCAGUGGAUUAAGUAAAAAACAGAGUAAAUUAAAACCCGUUGUUUAUAAUUACUUGAAGCAAGAAAACUAUCGAUUUGCAGAAACGAGUAUUGUAGGUGAUAAUCAAGGUGGUAUAUUUGCUGUUGAAAUAUAAAAAAAAAA